AUGGACAUCGCCACCGACCUCCGCGACAUCAUAGAUUGUCCCCCUUAUACUGCCCUAAAGGAGGCUCUCAUUUCCCGCAUUUCCCUCUCAACGCAAAAACGUCUCCAACGUUUAAUUUCUGAGGAGGACCUCGGUGACAGGAAGCCUACGCAGCCUCUUACGCGUUUGGAGCAGUUGGCAGACGGACAAAAGCUGGAUGCCACCAUGUUCAAACAACUUUUCCUACAACGGUUGCCUCCUUCUGUGCAAGCCAUCCUUGCGCCUAAUAUUCCUUCAUCGACUGUUCAGAUGUUCGCGGAGACUGCUGACCGUAUACUCGAGUACUACCAGCCUCCUGUUACGGUUAACGUCGCUAGUCGAAGCACAACUGCCCCCACAAUCGAGGAUGUCGUCAAACGCCUGGAUGCCCUCACUCUCGAAGUUUCCCAGCUCCGGGCCACUCGUGUCUAUAACCCUCGUAGUCCUGCAAUUUCUCGCCGCCCGAGAUCUCCCACUCCAAACCAACCUACAGUUGAUGGUUUCUGUUGGUAUCAUCACAAUUAUGGUUCUAACGCCCAUCGCUGCCACUCUCCGUGCAAGCAUAAAACACCCGCGUCGGAAAACUCCCCUGCCGACCAGUAA